AUAUAGAGCAGCUGAGGAUGGCUUAGAAUAGUUGCACUGUUAAGUAGCUUCUUGAGGGAUUCCUUCGGUGCUAAGUGGUCCGUCACGAUGAUUCUGGCAGUUGUUUGUCUGCUGGCAGUUGGUGCCAGUGCCCAGGUGGGGCCAGCGGGAGUCGUGAGCCCAGAUGGAAAUAACGUUCAGUUUUCUCACGACUUCGCCCACGGCGUACAGCUCAUUGGCCCCUCCGGCAUUGUUAGCACAGCUGGAAACCUGCAGCUGACCGACGGGCAGGCCAGGCUCCACAACGCCGUCCGAAGCAAGCGCGGCGCUGUGUUCGGCCCUUCGGGAAUCGUCAUGCCCGACGGAAGGAACAUCCAGUUCACGAGGGAGAAGGCCGAUAACUUCGUGGUGGUGGGCCCAUCGGGCGUCGUGACCAAGGACGGCAACAACAUCCAGCUGGACGGCCACGGAGUCCCCAUCACGAAGCGCAGCCUGCCAAGGGGCGUGUUCGGCUACUCCGGAAUCGUGAUGCCCGACGGAAAUAACGUCCAGUUCACGAGGGAACAAGCCGACGACAUCGUUCUGAUUGGCCCGUCGGGAGUCAUCCGAAAGAGCGGCAACAUCCAGCUCAACGCCCAGGGUGUCCCGGCUAAUAAAACUAAAGAUAUAGACACUUCCUCGAUCGACUUGAGACCUUUGCAUCGUACUAUUAAGGGAACACCAAGGUCCUUUUCAGAAGAAUCUUCUACAGCGGCGACCGAGGUGGACCGCCGUCGUCGAGGGGCGGGCGGGGAGGAGCACCUGGCGAGGGGCGUGGUCACUCCCAUCCAGGCGAAGGGGAGCAUCAGGACCCCGUCACCUGAAAGACGUCUCGGGAAACCUCCUGACAGUGGGAACAUCUGUAAGGUCUACUUCUGGCCAAUCAAACUAAACGACAUGAAGUUCUUAGCAGCUAUCUGCGUGCUCGCCGUCGGCGUCAGUGCACAGGUUGGGCCUUCAGGAAUCGUAAGUCCCGAUGGAGUAAACACUCAGUUCUCCCACGACUUCGCCAAUGACAUCGUGCUGGUUGGACCCGCUGGCAUCGUCACAAAGUCUGGCACCAACCGCCAGCUUACCCACGGAGAGGCCACCCUUCACGUUGCUGCACCAGCUGCUCCCCUUCCCGUGGCUCAGUUGGUGUCCCAGCGUGGCGUGAUUGGGCACUCUGGCAUCGUUCGCCCUGAUGGAAAAAACGUCCAGUUCACACAGGCUCAGGCUGACAACAUCGUGCUGGUUGGCCCAUCUGGCAUCGUGACCAAGGACGGCUCCAACAUCCAGCUGACCGACGACCUCCAUUUCGUCCAGAAGCGCGAUACCUAUGGGCAUCUGGUGGGAGCUUCAGGAAUCGUGACCAAGGAUGGCCAACUGAUCCAGCUGGAACCUGGUGUGGUUGUGGCCAGCGCUGGUCCCUCUGGCGUGGUUCUGUCCAACGGAAAGAACAUCCAGCUUAACCUCUAGUCUCUGUAUUCCUGAAAACGAAUUCUGUCGUUGCUUGCUUUGACGCUGGAUUAUAAAGUUAUAUGUACAAACAUUACGAAUUUGCCAAAUGAAGAUUCAGUGGAAAUCA